AUGGCUUCUAAUUACUUUUAUAAACCUUUACCCCUGUCCAGCCCCGGGUCCGCAACACGCCCAUUUCGGCUGCUGCGGCUCCUCCCCGCCACAGAGGCCGCCACCCCGCUGCAGGGCGAGCUGGAACACGUCGAUCUGUCAGAUGCACCCCGCUACGAAGCCCUCUCAUACGUCUGGGGUGACCCCGUAUUCAACCAUGAACUGCACAUCAUAGAGAACAGCAAUGACGACGUCGUCCACAUCACCAAGAACUUGUCACAAGCCCUGCGUCGGCUUCGUCUCCCAGAUGAACCACGUACGCUGUGGGUGGAUGCCAUAUGCAUCAAUCAAGAUGAUAUGGAGGAGCGCGGCCGGCAGGUAGCCAUGAUGCAAGCCAUUUUCGGUUCGUGUGAGUGCUGUCUCGCAUGGCUGGGUCCGUUUUCGCACAAGGACGACAAGCCCCGUCGCUUCGAAAUAGCAGAGGAGGAAUACAUGACCGAAGCCAUAGAGCUCUUUGAGCGUAUUGCCGUCCACGACAUAGCGCUCCUGGGGAGCAAAAAGGAGACGGCAGAGACCAUCGCAUCGCUACAUCGUGGCAGGCCCACCCAUCCUGAUCCUACCAAGGAUCACUACCUCCUGUCCGGGCGCGAAACUAUGAUGCUCUCGUCUUUGUUCCGUCGGGCAAAGCUGUGGGAACGUGCUUGGUGUGUCCAAGAAUUGUCGGGGGCACCCCGUCUGGUGCUCGUCGCGGGCGACGCACGACUCGACUGGGACCGGGUGGGGAGCUUUCUUUCCGCCGGACAAUACUCUGAUGCUUUCCACGGCUCCUUUGGGCAUGGUUAUGUCAUGCCCAUAAUCGGCCAGAUAUUCUCCAGCCCCAAGCGCAUCCAAGAGCAGCGACAAAUCUUACAGGACGCCAAGGCUGGCAAGGUUGACGAUGGCAUCGCCAACGCAUCCACCCUGAUGGACGUGCUCGCCAGAUUCCGCCACCUCGAGUCUACCGAUCCCCGCGACAUGAUCUUUGGCCUGCUCGGUCUUGUGGACCCGUCUAUGCGCGUACCCGUCGACUACACAAAACCCACAGUCGAGGUCUUUGUCCAGACGACGGCCGCCAUCAUCAACUCGCGUGGCGACCUCGACGCCAUCUGCCAGAACCCGUGGUUUUCCACCAGUCAGGACACCCGGCCAGAAGGUCUGCCAUCGUGGGCCGUCGACUUUGCCAGCCAGGGCACGGGGGAUCUGAUCUUUGCUCAGAGGGGUAUAUUCGCCGUCGGCAGACCUCAGUGCCAGACGCCCUGCCAAGUCGUCGGCGGAGUCGCGCUGAAGUGCCGAGGCCGUUCUUUUGGCGGUGCAGUGUCUGCGCCCGGCGUCGACGCCUCUCUUGAGCGGUUCCCUGCCCACAUGGGGCCGGAGCAAGUCUUAUCCGAGGCCCGCCGUCUAGGCUACCUCGAGGAACCGGACAAGGUGUACCCUCCCACGGGAGAGCGGGCGAUGCAGGCCCUCUGGCGGACUCUGGUCAUGGACUGCAUCGCCUAUCCGGUCCGCAGGCUGACGGCCGAGCAGGCCCAGGAGGAGACCAAGAGCCUGGACGAGAUCUUUGACGAGGUCUCCGCCCUGCCCGAAGACACCGCAUGGGGGGAUAAGGAAAAGUUUUAUAGAAAGCUGCAGUCAUAUAUGAUGUUUAGGCGCAACCGUGAGACUUGGUACUUUUUCACGACGGAUGGUGGUAGAUUCGCCCUGGGCGGUAAAGAGGUCCGCGAGGGGGAUGUCUUGGCUGUCCUGGAUGGCGCAAAAGUGCCGAUGGUACUUCGGCCUACGGGGGACAAGAUGGGCGGCGUUGAGUGCUUCAGGUUUGUGUCUCCGGCCUACGUCCACGGCUCCAUGGACGGCGAGGAGGUGGAUGGGUCGGAGAUGAAGAACCUACUUUUGGUUUAAAACCAGUUGAUUUGAUAUAGCUGGGGGCAGCGAUUGGGCAGGUAGAAGAUUUCUGUAAUUGGGACGUUGAUUCACUCGUGAUGUUGAAUAAUCAAGCGAUUUCUGGGGGGAAAGAAGUCAAAUAUUUACUCUUAUUGGCC